UGUUGUUUUAUUUUGAAUAAUAUAUUUUUCUUUUUGUCAAUCUCUAUUGAAGUUGCCAUCUUUUGGUCUUCUCAACACUGUAACUGAUACCAAACUAUUCUGCUGCCUCCAUCCCUCACAGUCUAUGCAGAGCUUCCCAAAUUCCAACCAAGUGUGAGAGAGGGUAGACAAUCUGGAGGUGAUACUUCUUUGUCUGAAGUGACACUUGUUUGGAUAGUUUCCCAGUAUAUUGUUUCAGUGUGUUGUUAUUCACUUCUACUCCUCCAUUUCAUUCUGCAAAACACUGUAAUGGCUCAACAGCUUGUAUACCAGAUUCAGUUUUUGGUUUUCAAUUUCAAAUUUGGAGGGUGAUAGGGUUGUUGUUGUUGCUGCUGAUGAUGAUGCAGGAAGAAGGGUGGCCUUUGGGGUUGAGAUUCUUGAAUUCUAGACUUGGGCUGGUGAGAAAUGGUUCUGGGUCAGCCUCUUUCAGCACUGUGCUCACUGCUUCUCAUACCCCUUCAACUGAUUCUUCCUCAGAUCUUGACACAGAGUCCACUGGAUCAUUCUUCCGUGACAACAGCAUUACACUUGGCAGCCUCAUUGGUAUUUCUAGCUUCUUAGAACUCUCAGGCAGAUCAACAAGAGGAAGAAUGGUGGAACCCUCGAAGGACAGCAAAAGAAUUCACAAGCUGAAGCCUUGGUUGUUUUCACUUUGUUCAAGGCUAAGUACUGAUGCAGUGAGUGGGAAUGAUGCCCCCUCUCUUGGUCACUACCUUGAAGCUGAGAGAAGAGCAGCGAGUACAUACAGAAGGAACCAGUGUCCUACGACUUAUGGACCCAAUGUUUUCUCCCCUAUUCAAGAUUCAACCUCACUAUUAGUGGUUAGCCAAACUGAUCAUUGGCCGUCUGCUUCAUUGGGUAAUGAUGGUGGACAUUAGCAUGAUCAUAACAGUGAACUAGAAGAGUGAUGGAUAAGGAACACCAAUAGUUUUCUCUUGUUUGUGUGGAUAUUUCAACAUGUGAUGAUCCCUUGUUAUUGAUUUAUAUUUCAUUUAGAGGUGACGGAGUUCUUUAUCUGCUUCAGGAGAUUCUCCUGUUUGGUAAUUAAAUUUCAAGACAUUAAGAUGUUCUGUUCGUACUCC